AUGCCGGUGAUGCGGGGUCUGAUUGCGCCUCAGAACACCUUUUUGGAUACCAUCGCCACUCGGUUCGAUGGCACACACAGUAACUUCGUUCUCGGAAAUGCACAGGUCCAAUCUGUCUAUCCAAUUGUCUACUGCUCCGAUGGUUUCUGCGAGCUGACCGGCUUUGCCCGUGGUGAGCUGAUGCAAAAGAGCUGCAUGUGUCACUUCCUGUACGGCAGCGAGACCAGCGACCUCAUCACCUCACAGAUGCAAAAGGCUCUGGAUGAGCGGCGGGAGUUCAAGACAGAGAUUGUUCUGUACAAGAAGAGCGGAUCCAAGUUCUGGUGUCUGCUGGACAUCGUUCCAAUCAAGAAUGAGAAGAGCGAGGUGGUUUUGUUCCUGGUCUCGCAUAAGGAUAUCACACAGAAUAAGGACCUGGACCAUGGAAAUGAUUCUGAUCCAGAUGAGGAAAUGGGCCUUGAGAUCCGUCACGUCAGCCGUCCUCCAGGGUGCAACAUGGAGCGCCGGCGGAGUCGAGCUGUCCUCUAUCAGCUGUCUGGACAUCUUCAGAAACAGGACAAGACCAAGAGCAAACUGAAGAUCAACAAUAGCGUUCUUGGGGCCAAUGCUAACCCGAUUCCGGAGUAUAAGGUGGCUGACAUCCAAAAGUCGCGCUUCAUCCUGCUUCACUAUGGUGCAUUCAAGGCUGGCUGGGACUGGCUCAUCCUUCUGGCCACAUUCUAUGUAGCCGUCACUGUUCCCUACAACGUCUGUUUCACUGCCGUAGAGAUACGAGAGGAUGGUGUCUCAGCAGCCAGGAACCCUCCAAGUGUCAGCGACAUCCUGGUGGAGAUACUUUUCAUCAUUGAUAUCGUCCUAAAUUUCAGAACGACCUAUGUUAGCACGUCUGGUCAGGUGGUGUACGAUCCCCGCUCCAUUUGCAUUCAUUACGUCACCUCCUGGCUGUUUGUGGAUCUGAUCGCAGCUUUGCCCUUUGACCUUCUCUACGCCUUCAACAUCAGUGUGAAAUUUGGGGUUCACCUGCUGAAGACUGUACGUCUUCUUCGGCUUCUUCGCCUUCUGCAAAAGCUGGACCGUUACUCUCAAUACAGUGCUGUGGUCCUGACCCUGCUCAUGUCUACGUUCGCCCUCCUGGCCCACUGGAUGGCCUGUGUCUGGUACUUCAUCGGGAGAAGCGAGAUUGAGAGUAACAACCCCGCCUCCUGGGACGUAGGCUGGCUCCAUGAACUGGCCAAACGUUUGGGGACUCCUUAUUUCCUGACUCCUCUCACCUCCCUGUUGGGACUGUCAGAUUCACCUCAGGAUACGGUGAAAGCAGCCAACUCCAGCCACUGGAACACUUCAGGGUUGGAGGAUCUGAAUGAGACCGGUGUGGGGGGUCCAGCCCUGUGGAACGGAACCAGGACCAGGGUGAGGCAGCUGAAUGGCUCAGGGAUGAUGCUGAGUGGGGGGCCGUCGGUAAGGAGCUCCUAUGUCACGUCGCUGUACUUCGCUCUGAGCAGCCUCACCAGCGUGGGCUUUGGGAACGUCUCAGCCAACACAGACUCUGAGAAGAUCUUCUCUAUUUGCACCAUGCUGAUUGGAGCCUUAAUGCAUGCUGUGGUUUUUGGGAACGUGACCGCCAUCAUUCAGAGGAUGUACUCCCGCCGUUCUCUCUACCACACCCGCACCAAGGACUUAAAGGACUUCAUCCGUGUGCAUCGGCUCCCAAAAGCCCUGGAGCAGCGUAUGAUGGAGUGCUUCCAGACCACCUGGUCCGUCAACAAUGGCAUAGAUGUCAGCGAGCUGCUGAGGGAUUUCCCAGAUGAGCUACGAGCCGACAUAGCUAUGCACCUGAAUGAAGAGCUGCUGCAGCUGCCCCUGUUUGAAUCAGCCAGCAGGGGGUGUCUACGUUCCCUUUCACUCAUCAUCAAGACCUCCUUUUGUGCUCCAGGAGAGUUCCUCAUCCGCCAGGGCGACGCCCUCCAGGCGAUAUACUUCGUCUGUUCAGGAUCUAUGGAGGUUCUGAAGGAUCACACGGUUCUGGCCAUUCUGGGUCGGGGUGACUUGAUUGGCUCCGACUGCCUUACCCAGGAGGAGGUGAUCAAAACCAAUGCUUGUGUAAAGGCCCUCACCUACUGCGACCUGCAGUACAUCAGCCUCAAAGGGCUCCGCGAGGUGCUCAGCCUCUACCCCGACUACGCCCAGAAAUUCCUCACUGAGAUCCAGCACGACCUGACGUACAACUUGCGCGAGGGACACACCACUGAGGCGGACUGUGAGAGCAAUGGAGGCUUUGUGAAAAAACUUCCCUCCAUCAAGGAGGAUGAAGAAGGCUCUGGAUCUGAAGGGGAACACUCUCCUCUCCCCAAGAUGUCUUCCUUGGGAAGGUUGGGCCGAGGUCUGCGUUCCCCCCUGCGCUCUCCACUUCGCUCCCCGCUGCUGCCACCAAGACCUUUCAGACCAAUAAGUGAGCCCAUUCGACCCUCCAGCCUGCAGAUCCCUGUGGUGAGCUUCAGGUGCCCACAGCCGGACCUCAGCCCUCGGUUUGUCGAUGGUACCGAGACUGAAAACCAGACCAGCUCUGCUCAGAGGUUUGACUUUACUCCCAGUGCAACACAGAGUUUUUUACCCAGCCCUGCUUCAGCCACCUCAGGGCCCCUGGAUGGAGGUGACACCAUGCAGACUAUUGAAAAGCUAAAAAAUGAGAUGUGCAUCCUCUCCCGCCAGGUGACAGCUGUGAGUCAGGAGCUGCAGGAAAUGACCCGCCUCCUCAAACCUUUCCUUCAAAAUUCUUCCACGCUGCUGAUGCCCUGCGCUGUGACUCCCCCUCCCAGCGUGUCCCCUCGCUGUUGGUUGUCAGGCCCUACCACUUCAACCCCAGUAGAUCCUCUGGACAGCCAAAACACUCCUUCCGUCCUGGUCCCUGACCAGCACUCACCUCAGCUGAGUGCAAGCCCUCCAUUUCAGGAGCAGUUCGAUUCCCUCCAUUGUUCUCCAAACAUCUCCCCUCCACUUGAUCUUACCCCCGUCUCCCAGCAGGUCAGCCCCCCUUCCCCGCUCUCUCAUCGCUCAGCUCCACCUUCGCUCAACAGCUCUCCUCAUGAGCACACAGCUGUAACACACCCCUGCCCCUCUUCCUCUAUCCCUUCCCUUUCUCCAUCAGGCCAUACAUCUUUUAUCACCCCCCUCCUAGUAGAUUUAUCAGAACCCAUCUCUGACUCACAGACUCUGCCCCAUUCCCACCCCCCAGCGUCAUCCCACUGCUGUCCGCAGUCACAUUUCCAGCCCUUUCUUCAAACCUCCAGCAUGGAAACAAAUCCCCGAAGUCCCCUGCUGAACCUGCAGGACGUGCAGCUCAGCUUCGUCGAUGAAGGACAACCAUCGGUGUAAACAGACUUUAGUGACACUAACGCCACAAACUGCAUGAAGAACAAACCGCCCAAAAUUUGGCCUGUUACAGUGUAAAUACAUUUUUAGACCCUUCUCAUAAACACUCUGUAAAAUGGGUUAAUAAACUUGAAAAACUGU